ACUCUGGCUGCCAACCUGGCUGGGUCAUCACAACAACUAUGAAGAUGUUGCUGAAGCUUCUAGUUUUUCUUCCCUGCACAACCGUUUCUCUCGCUCAGAAUCCUCGUUUACCACCAGCACCGCCGCCUUCCAGCACCGUCGACGCUGGAAGCUACCCAAUACAUUGUGCUCCUGGAGACUUAAUGCCUGGACCCACCUGCAGCUCGUUUUACAAGUGUGUUUGGAGCCUAGCGCAGGCAACGAGACGAGUAGCGUUCGAAUGUGCUCCAGGAACAGUGUUUAGCAGUGAGCUCUCAGCCUGUAUACACGCAACGGAUUCUAAGUGUGAGACAGAGGGACCCACAACCAGACCAAUACCACCACCACCACCACAGCCACCGCAAUCCUGUCCGCCCUACCAGCUGGACCCCAGCAGUGUGUACGACUGUCUGGAACCAGGAUACUUCCAGUCACACCGAGACUGUGUCAGCUUCUACAGAUGUAUUGUUACUAUGAACUGUAUCAUCAAGGGGUUCCUUUACCGAUGUCCGUCUGGGUACCUCUUCAAUGACGUCUCUAAACGCUGCCAGAAGCAAGAACUUUUUGAGAUAUGCCAAAAGGUGGCUGACACCGGGAUCCAGACUUACGAGAUCCUGCCAGUUGGUGCCAUCGAAGCUGAGAACCUCGACCGGUUCUUCGACGUGGAAGUUUACUGGGACUUCAUUCCCUUUCUGCCCAAUGAGACGCAGAAGAUUGUGCCCAUCGUGCCCUCUACCUUCUCACGGGGAGCUGGGGAACGUGUUUAUCUAGUCCAGAACUAGCAACACACGUGUGCUGAACACAUUGUGGUCUAGGAGGCAGUGCUAUGCUCUUGUUUCAGCCUCUUAAAUAUCAUUGAAAGGCUUCAAUCACUCCUAGCCUCGUGGGUCCUGUCAUACGUGUCCUCAAGACUGAAGGGAAUAUGUCACCUUCAAUUUUUACACGACCAGUUAAUCACCAGUCAGCCAUUUUUAUAUAGAUCACAAGAAACAGGUAAUGUUAACAGGCAACUUAACUACAGUGAAAAUUAAUAUUAUUUCAAGAGUAUUCUUGGUCUCUCACAAUAUGAAGACACAGCAAAACUAAAACAAAGUAGCAGAAGUUUUAUAUAACAGACGUAACCUUACACAUACAAUCAAUGGGUUGUCCGUUAUCUCACGUACUGAGCGUGGGAAACACAUUUCCACUGUUUUGAAAUUUAUAGCCCGAUUAAGAGUGAUAUGUAGAGAUUUUCUACAGUUUUUGAGUCAGAUUAAGAGUGAUGUGUUGGGUAAAGUGCAUUUGUCAACAGCUUAUAAUCUUCAGAAAUUUUAAAUGUUACGAAUGAACCUAGUUUAUGCAGUCCUGGACUUUCAUUCAAAUUUUAAUCAACACUAUUUUUUAUAAGGUUUGAUUCUUUUAUAUUGCUUUCAAACAUUAAUUUGCUUGUUACAAUUUUUUUAAAUAACUGACGUGGCUAAAAUCUCUUACAGGAAUAAACACUUUUAAUGCUGUAUUUAUAUUGCUGUUAUGUUGGCAAUAUAACCAUCCCAUUGAUUUUCAAAAACUGAGAAAGUCGUAACACGUAAGUCAAUUAUUAAAUAAAAAAUAUAUGAACUCUAAGACCCCCAUGAGUUUUGCGAAAAUCCCUCAUUGAGCAGCAUCAAUCGCUAUUUUUCGAUUUAGGAUGAGCAUGUGGAGGCUUUCAUGUGCAUUAACUGGAGAAUGUAUCUUAUGAUCGGCUUCAAAUUUUUUUGUGCCGGAGAAUUUUUCUCGAAGGAAGCUUUGCUUAUUUCUAGAUUGUGCAAGUUUUAAUGUGUCAAUUUUAUU